CGGAGUUUCGCCUAUGAGUAUUACAGGUUGACUCCUCCCAGGUUGCGGGAUUCUAUAACUAAGCAACCUGCAGAAGGAGGACUCACAACUGACCACCUGCUGCUUCCAUCCACCACACUGAGCCAGGAGCUGCUUUCUUCCAGCUACGCGCAAGGAAUACAACACUCUUGACAAGAUGGUAUCUGCAGGUUUACAGAUUUUUGGACUCUCGCUAUCCAUCAUUGGGUUUCUUGGAGUCAUAAUUGUGUGUGCCUUACCGAUGUGGCGAGUGACUGCCUUCAUCGGUGCCAACAUUGUGACGGCGCAGAUCAUCUGGGAGGGUCUCUGGAUGAACUGCGUGAUGCAGAGCACAGGACAGAUGCAAUGCAAGAUCUACGACUCCAUGCUGGCCCUUUCCCAGGACCUGCAGGCUGCCCGUGCUCUCAUCGUCAUCUCCAUUAUUGUGGCUUUCCUUGGCAUUCUUCUGGCCGUCGCAGGAGGCAAGUGCACCAACUGCAUUGAAGACGAGUCGACCAAAGCCAAGGUAGCCAUUGCCGCCGGCGUCACCUUCAUCGUGGCUGGCGUCCUCUGCCUCAUCCCAGUCUGCUGGUCGGCCAACACCAUCAUCCAGGACUUCUACAACCCGUUGCUGACGGAUGCCCAGCGCAGAGAGCUGGGGGCAUCGCUGUACGUCGGCUGGGGGGCGGCAGGUCUUCUGAUCCUGGGUGGGGGUCUACUGUGCAGCUCCUGUCCGCCGAAGGAGGAAAGGCCGUAUGAUAUUAAAUAUUCCCAGGCAAGAUCUACAGCUACCAGCAAGGCAUAUGUGUGAACCAUGCCAUUGAACACAUGUGUGGAUCUCUUCUUAUGGACACUGCUUCUGUGUAAUAUUAUGAUCUUGUUCACUUUAUUAAUCCAAAGUAUUUAAACAUUAUUAAGUAAACAUAAAAACUGAAUUAAAGCAAAGAUUAGUUUAAAAGUAUGAAA